AUGAACAAUCCGGGACCCAUGAUGGGGUACUCUGGGCUGGCAGGACAGCCUGGAGCGGUUCAACCACAUAUGCCGUCUGUUUUGAACACUCCAGGCACGUUACAUCAACAACUUCAUUUGCAACAACCACAUUCGCAAAUAGGACCUAAUUCUCAGCUAUCGCAAGGCCAACAAGCUGGUCAAUCGCAACAACCAUUGCCUCCUGGGCUUGUGGGCUCUCAAGUGAGCAACCUACCUGUUUCGGGAGCUGUGACAAAUGCGGGAAAUCCACUUUACCAUCCCCACCAGGGCGAUCCUUCUAUGCUGAACAAUCCCAUUUGGAAGCUGCAGCUUCAGCUGGCGGCUGUAUCGCGACAAUCCGUGGGGCAAGCUAACGUUUACGCGCGGCAAAGUGCGAUGCGGAAAUAUCUGUUCAACAAAACGCAGGGAACACCAGGAGUUCCAGGACCAGGUGCUAUCGCGGGUUCCACUUCUGCUGCUGGUACCACUAAUACAGGUACUUUGAACGAGAUGUCUGCAUCGCUUGUCGAUAAUACCAAGCAAUUACUGCUAGACAUGGCCAGCGAGCCGACUGCGGCGAAAAACCCUGGCGGUUCUUCUAGCGCCAUAUCCACCCCAAUAACGCCAAGUGCCGAGCUUAAUGGUGGUAACAAUCCCACUACUCCUUCGCUUCUUUUGCAACAUAAAAAGCUUUCGCAGUACAAUAUCGAUGAAGACGACGAAAUUGAGCAUCGCAUGGGAGCUCCAGCGGAUACCAAACACAACGAUCAACUCUGGCAUGCAUUGGACCUAUCCAACUUGCAAGUAUUUAAUUUGAGCAACUCUUUGUUCAGGUACGAAUUUCUAACAAGACUUUACCUUAAUGGUAAUAAUCUGACGUCACUUCCUAAAGCCAUCAAAGAGUUGAAAAAUUUGAGGGUUUUAGAUCUUUCCCACAAUAAGUUGACCGAACUUCCAGCGGAAUUGGGGCUUUGUCACGAGUUGAAGUAUUUGUACUUCUUUGACAAUAUGGUCUCUUCACUUCCUUGGGAAUUUGGGAAUCUUUACAACCUGCAAUUUUUAGGCCUCGAAGGGAAUCCCAUGGAUCGUCAAAUGAUUAAAAUUUUGACUGAAAAAUCUGUUACAGGGCUUAUUUUUUAUCUCAGAGACAACGCUCCGGAGAUACCAUUACCCAGCGAUAGAAAAUUCAUCGAGAUAAAUGUCGAUGGGGAACCAACUCAAGAAUUUAACUCGCUACAAGAAUCCGAGUCUCACUUGAAUCGCGAGACCUUGAAAAAAUCGUUCACCUUACUAUCUUACAAUACUCUUUGCCAACAUUACGCAACGCCAAAAAUGUAUCGCUUCACGCCCUCUUGGGCUCUGAGUUGGGACUACAGACGGGAAAAACUAAAGGAACAGAUUUUGGGCUACAAUACUGAUGUGAUUUGUCUGCAAGAAGUUGAGUGUAGGACUUACGAAGAGUUUUGGGCCCCAUUGCUGCGCGAACACGGAUACGCUGGUGUUUUCCAUGCUAAGACAAGAGCCCGCACUAUGCAUGCCAAAGACUCUAAGAAAGUUGAUGGUUGCUGCAUUUUCUACAGAGAAUCAGAUUUCAAGCUCAUCUUCAAGGAAACUAUUGAUUUCAGCAGCGUGUGGAUGAAACACAAAAAAUUUCAAAGGACCGAAGACUACCUCAACCGUGCUAUGAAUAAAGACAAUGUGGCCCUAGUGGUAAAACUCCAGCACGUAAAAAGUGGCGAACACAUAUGGGCGGCUACCACACACCUGCAUUGGGAUCCACAAUUUAACGACGUAAAAACUUUCCAAGUAGGCGUUCUCUUGGAUCAUAUGGAAAAAAUCAUCAAGGAACAUAAUGGCUGCAAUAACUCUCAAGAGCUAAAGAAAGUUCCUGUUGUCAUAUGUGGAGAUUUUAACUCUAUGCUUGAUUCAGCCGUUUACGAGCUAUUAAGCACAGGUGCAGUUCGGGAACAUCGAGACAUUGAAGGUCGCGAUUUUGGUUACAUGUCACAGAAAAACUAUGCUCAUAACUUGCCUUUGAAGUCAAGCUAUGAAGCAAUUGGAGAGCUGCCAUUUACCAACCUCUCGCCCAUCUUUACGGACGUCAUCGAUUAUAUAUGGUUUUCCUCUCAAGGUCUGCGUGUACGUGGCGUGCUUGGCGAAAUUGACCCUGACUAUGCUUCCAAGUUCAUCGGAUUUCCUAAUGACAAGUUUCCAAGUGAUCAUAUUCCGCUGGUCACUAGAUUUGAAUUCACCAAGGGCAUGGGUGGUAGCAGAAAAGCAUGA